AUGGCGAAGCUGGCCACCCUGGACCUCGCUGGCAACCAGCUGGGCAUGCACGACGCGGGCGGCGCGGAGGCCCUCGCCGAAGACCUCGCGAAGAUGAAAAAGCUGGGCGGGCAGGCGGGCGGCGCGGAGACCCUCGCCGAGGGCCUCGCGAAGCUGGAGAAGCUGGCCAUCUUGGACCUCGCUGGCAACCGGCUGGGCAGGCACGCGGGGCACGCCGAGGCCUUCGCCGAGGCCCUCGCGAAGAUGGAGAAACUGGCCACCCUGGACCUCGCUGGCAACCACUUGGGUUCGCGCGGCUGUGCCGCCGUAUGCGGGGCCCUGCCGCGCGGCGCCAACUGCCAUUGCUUUUGA